AUGCCGAAGAUAUAUUGUGCAACCAUUACGCAGACUGCCUACUGGUACCUUAAUGGGCUUACCGGGCCACGAGGUGUUUUCCAGGUAGCUCUGGUCAAGUUGACUUUCUAUCUCCACGUGGGAGCCAUAGGUCGGGCGACGUGGAUUUGGGUAGCGAACUACUACGAGAAUGCAGCUCAUGUUGCCAUCUCGGGUACAUCAGCCAUGUUCACGGCCCAGUCACAGGACCACGAGUCGCAACUUAAUGCCAAAUAUCCACAGCUUGUGGUUUGUUAUACGCGUGCCUUGAGAGACUGGCUGGCGGUGUCAUGCAAUCCACGCAACCGAACAAGCUUACAAGUUUAUUAUACCAACUCGACUACUUCAAAGUUUAUGAUGUACGGCGCAACAACAUGCAUCGCCGUGAUGUACGGUGGCGUAGGUCUCGGAGAAGGCGCAGACAUAGAAGCCCCGGGGGAGAGAGGGGGGGGUCGUCCGAAGACAGCUGCGGGCCAGCGGAUGGUAAAAGUCGAGUCCUGGCAUUGCCAAAGAUCUGCACUCUGCAGCUAUGCGGCCUCGUGUAGCAAUAAAUGCUGUGGAGGGGGUGUCUGUAUCUCAUGGAGACCAUUGUCACUGUCGUCCAUCGACCUUGGGCGACCGCGACUUAUGACCCAGGACUCACGUCACGAUUUAGAUUUCGUGAAUUGGAGUCCCGAUAUAAGGGAGCCGAAGUGGAGGGAAUCGACCCAGGACAACUCUGCGGCGCAAGUCAAGGAGUGA